CCGAGAUGGCAAAACUUUGCUUGCAUGCCUGAAUUAAACAAAAGUAUAUACUUUGGAAUACAUUGUCGUUGUAAUUAUAUUAGUGACUUUGAUGCAGAUGGUAUGCCAAUAAUUGUAGUCCCAAUGAAUUUAAAAUGUCACCUGGAACGGCCUAUAGUGGGCCAAAGUUAUCAAAUAAUAAUAUUCUUUUUCUCUUUAGCUUCAUUUGUAAUAAUAUAUAUAUUUUAUAGCAUGCAAUCCGUUUCUGAUUGGGAUAAUAACUUAUAUACUGAACUAUAUCCAAUAGGAGGAAAAUGCUACCGAGGUGAUCUUGUUUUAAUGUGUACUUUCGGAGGAAGAUAUAACGCUGGUACAUCAGCAAAUAUUAUAUUUGCCUUCAAAUUUUCCAACCAAACACGGGACAUAAUAGUAUAUCAAGACCCAGUUUUUAAAACAUUCAAAAGAAAUAGUACAAUAUCUUUCCGACUACAAAAUAUACAUUUCAGUAUACCAACUGGAAUUGCUAUGUGGCACGAUAAUUCCGGAGUUUAUCCACAUUUUUUUUGUAGAAAUCUUGUUCUAUGCGAUAUGAAUACUAAUGAGGGCCAGUUAUUUUCAAUUCAGCAGUGGAUUCAAUGUUAUAAAGUGUUAACUGUUUAUAAAACGGCAAACGCAUUUUCUCUGAUAAAUACCGAUAAUGGAAAAAUUCAUUCCGGUAAGCUUCGGUUCUUACACGCUAUGGAAAAUUUCAUGGGAAACUGGUACUUAUUUCAACCAAUUAUUGGACCAUGGCGUUUUGGAACAGAGAGACUGGCCUUUUGCAAAUGGGAAAGAAGUUGCAUUUUUAUAGCAAAACUUUUUAUUGCUAUAACAUUUGUAGUACUAUUUUUCGGACGCACAGAACCAAUGGCAUGCGAUCCUAGUCCAAAAAAAUAUAAUGACAUCGAUGUAGUACUUCGACUAUGCUUUAGCUGUUAUGUAACCAAUUGUAUUGUACAAGCAUCAUUGGAAACAGCCUUCAGAGCGAUUGGAGUAUACGAUUUUAUUUAAAUAUAGGGUCAUAUAUAUUUCCCUUGAGUAUUUUUUUAUGUUUUCGGGUUGAGAUAUGCGAUCAUUUUUUUGUAUGUGACGACGUUAC